AUGUGGCACCUGUUUGUGACUGAGAGGCCAGAGCAGAGAUCUGAAUAUGUGACGCUGAACUGUGAAUGGCCCAUACAGAGGAGAAUCAAGCUGGCAGCAGACGACACAAAAAGCUCGCUGGAGGAAGGAGAGGCCAACGUGGAGCAGGCCAAAAGAGGGCCAGACUCACCAGGGCCGAUGGUGCGAGUAGAACUGGAGUGGGAGAUCCCGAUGUCGUUGACGCUGCCCAUAGAGGUGCAGCCCGACCCAGCCCAUCAACCGUUCCCCUUCUUAGACACAACACUGGCCGACCUGGGCAUCCAAGAGUCAGAGGUGAAGGAAAGAGUGGUGUGGGUCGACAACAAGAAGACCCAGGUCAAGAACAAAGCAGGGAAGCUGAAGGAAAAAGAGAUCACCAUCCUUGAGGUGAGAGUGAAAGCCCAGAAGCCUGGAGACAAACAGCUCCAGGAGGUGCUGUACAGCACCGAGGCCCACACUGACCGCUCCUUCUGCCGCACAGGAAUGAACAUCCUGCCCUGGAAACACACAUCUACAGCAGAGGAUGGACUGACACCAGUGCAGAUGACUAUGGCGUUGGAAGACCAGCAGCCAGACUCUACCAACGCUCAGGGGCAACGGGAGAUCUGA